UCCAAGAUGACGGGAGUCCAGCGGGUACUUCUUGCUUUGUCCUUAUUGUCAGGAUUUUCCCUGAAAUUAUGUCUCGCACGACGAGUUGACAAUUACCAAGUGGAUCAGCCACCACCAAGAGCUUUCUACGAUUUACUGCCCGCAGGAACUGAGCACAAGGGCCAUCAUCACGAGGAGAAAGGUGGCCAGCAGCAUCACUCCGAUCAUCACGAGGAGCACGGGGAGAAGGGGGAUAAGGGCUACCACAAGCACCACGAGCACGACAAGAAGGAGCACGAGGAUCAUGGGAAGGAGCAUCACGAGGGCCACGAGGAGGAGCACGGUGGACACGUGAAGAAGCAUCACGACGAGCAUGAGAAGCAUGGGAAGCAUCACGAGAGUGAGAAGGGCCACAAGGGCGGGAAAUUCGGGGAGAAGAAGGGCCACAAGAAGGGCCACAAGACCAAGGGAUAUCACAACAAGUUUCACAAGGACGAGUACCACAAGGAGCACAAGUUCUAUGAUGACUUCCACAAGGGCGGACAUCACAGCAAACAUGGAGACUUCAAGGCCCAUCAUGAGAAGAAGGAGGGGGGGCACAAGAAGGGCGAGAAGGAGCAUCACGGGUAUGAUGAGCAUCACCAUGGGAAGAAGGGACACGAGAGCAAGGGACAUCAUGACGAGGAUCAUAAGGGACAUCAUGGCAAGCAUGGGCAUGACAAGCAUCAUCAUCAUCAUGAACAUCAUGGGAAGAAGGGACAUCAUCACGAGGGGAAGAAACAUGGGUACAGCAAGGGCCACAAGGCGUGAACAAUGUCUUCGUUGGGAAUUUUUAGUCUAUUAACAUAUUGGCAUUUGUUGAAUUUGUUUGUGAAACGUUUGUUUAUGUAUUACACAUUUUUUGUAAAUAAAUCAUUUUG